AUGGGGACAGGUCUGAGGAUGGAGGGGCUUUGUGAGGAUGAAAAGGGGGUGAUGGUGGAGGAGAGGAGCAGCCAGCUGUGCUCCAGAUCUGAGGAGGAGGAGGAGGAGGAGGUGCAGGGCGAUGAGUCUCUCCUGGUGUUGUUUGCUCUGAACCAGACGCUGCUGCAGCAUGAGGGCGUUCGAGCAGGCAGCCUGCAGGGCUCCUACACCACCGAGGACCUCAUCACGCACUACAACUGUGGUGACCUCAGCUCCAUCAUCUUCAACCACGACACCUCGCAGCUGCCUCACUUCAUCAACAGCUCUCUGCCAGCUCAUGACCGCAUGACGGCCCAGCAGAUCGACAGCUACUUCCGCCAGGAGCUCAUCUACAAGCGCAACGAGCGGAUGGCUCGACGGGUGUCCGCCCUGCUGCAGAGGAACCCCAACCACACGUACUUCUUUGCUUUUGGUGCAGGUAAGACCUUCACACCGCAUGACGUUUUGGGAAUAUUAAAAGAGGACGGCUACGAGCAGCUGCACAGCAGAAAUGAACACAGACAGGAGGUUCUGGAAAGCAAACCCGACCGAGAGCCACCUGCAGCAGGAUCCAGCGAGGAGGCGGCCCACUCCAGCACGGCUCCUCCCACCAGCGGUCCCACCAGUCCAGAGGUGGAGCUGGAAGAACCGGACCUCAUGCCCGGCCUCGGAGGAGAGGAGCUGCCUCACAUUCUGCUCCCCGACAGCCUGAGCCAGCUGGAGGAGUUCGGACGUCACAAAAGGCCUCGCAAGGCUCACCGCGGCCACGGCAGGCCUCGCCUCUUCAGCGACCUGUGGGUUCGCAUCGGAGACGGCACCACUCCACCGCCGAGCGUCCGGAUCAUCAACGGCUACGUGACGGUGGAGCCUCCACUCACUCACCAGCAGCAGCACAGGCGGGUGGAGAUCUCGGCUACAGAGCAGCAGCCCCUCACCUGGCCCUCCUCCCCCCCACCGAGCUCCAGCUCAGCCCGGCCCGGUUCAGUCUACAGCGCUCUGUCCUGGAUCUCAGCCUGGCUGUUAUCACACAUGCUGCUCACCUCCUGACCACAACACGGUUCUUAUCUUAAGACACUGCUGCAUCCAUACCAGGGGAGUGAUAGAGGACAGGAAGACCAUCAUGCAGACACAGAGACGGAGACGAGACGUCCUCAGGAGGGACAGUCCGGCUGUCAGAGACCAGCUCCAGUCUGAAGGAACGCCGAGUCUACAAAACAACAAGUCUCAAUAAGCUUUUAGCCGAGCAACGAAUGGAUCAUGUUGGACUGAAGAGGGUGGAGUCCAAACCUCAAGAAAGCAUUAAGAUAGCGUAACAAACACAUGAAGAAGUCUUCUGCCUGUGUAGAGAAACCAGGCUGCCCUUAACAGUGAGACUAGAACAUACUAACGCCAGCUAAACUCUGUGAUGCUGAUCUGAAUGAGGCGGAGCGCUCGGUGCCACUCUGUAAAUUGUGCAUUUUGUUCAUAAAGAAAUAUUGUAUAUUUAUUA